AUGGCGCCAGAUGAAGCUAUUGUGGAGGAUGAUUAUGGUUCAGACUUUGAGGAACUUGCAGGUGGCAAGGCAGAGCCAGCUGCCCAGUCAGAAGUCAGGUCGGCAAGCGAGGCUUCUCCAAGUGCAGCGCAGUCCCCUAUAGCAACGACGCCAGAUGAAGCUAUUGUGGAGGAUGAUUAUGGUUCAGACUUUGAGGAACUUGCAGGUGGCAAGGCAGAGCCAGCUGCCCAGUCAGAAGUCAGGUCGGCAAGCGAGGCUUCUCCAAGUGCGGCGCAGUCCCCUAUAGCAACGGCGCCAGAUGAAGCUAUUGUGGAGGAUGAUUUUGGGUCAGACUUUGAGGAACCUGCAGCUACCAACCCAAAGCCCGCUUUCAAGCCAGAAGCUGCUUUGAAGUCAGAUGCUAAAGGAGAAAAUGGCAGCGAGACGAUAGUUGAAGUGCAUAGUGACGACUUUGAGGAUGUGGCUGAGGAUAGCCCUCUCAGCCCGACAGCAGACAAAGCUGCAACCCAACUUAAGGAGGCGGCAAAGGAGGAGAAGGCAGAAGCCUCCGAGCAGCCUUUACAGAAGGGAGUCGGGUUCUUCGAUACUUCUAAGGAUAGUCCGUGUGAUGUGGAAGGCAAUCCGAUGGAGGAUGACGCCUCGUCCAAUUCCUCGGGCUUCCUGGACACCGAGGGACCCAUGGUGGAAGUGGAGGAGGGUGACGGCGUCUCUGUGUGGGACAUCCAGCAGGAUCGCCUGCCGACUGUUGAUGAAAACUCUCUUGAAGAUGAGGAGGAGGCCAACGUGCUUUUGUCUCUGAACCCGCCUAGCGAUGCGGGUGAGGAGUCUCUGGAAGACUUGCUAGGCUUCCUUGAAAGACAGCGGUCUGAGAAGCUUGCAGAGGAAGCUGAUCCCCGACCACAGAAAGGACCGCGCAUUCCGAAACUGAAGGACCGAUGGCGGCCGCAGUGGUCUCCUCCGCUCGACAAGCGAAAUCUGACGAAGGAGUCCGGGGAAGAAGUGCAGCCUGCUUGGCUGCGGGUUUGCAGAUCGGCCGGUGAAGCCUUUCAUGCGAAUCCAGGCUACUUGAAGCCAAAGCAGCUGGAGCCACGUGUCACUGAGCGCCUGACCAUGCCAGACCGGUCAUUUGCUCAUUUGCCCUCGCAGAUCAAGUUCUCGCACGACGAGCCACUGCCCGCGCCCACGGAUGCUCUUUGCGGGGAGAUGCACCGUCGAUGGUUGCAGAAACAUGGCAAGGCACGAGACCGACAUCUGCAUGAGGUCUACUAUGCGCUCAACAGAGUUGACAAGGCGCAAGAAAUCCUUGACGCCGAUGCUCGCCGCAUGGAAAUUGCGAGAGACAUGAUUUCACAAGGUCCGAUAGACAGGCCUCAUUUGUCGAAAGCGGCCCGAAGUGGCAUCAAGAAGUUGAAGACUGCCGUGAAGUCCAUUCAUCAGCUGCGCAAUGCAGCUGCCGAGGGAGCAAUGGCUGCCGGUGACCUUGAGCGCGCAAAAAGGUUCAAUCCCCUCAAGAUGCAGGAGGAGAAGAACAAGGCAAGGCUGAUUGCCUGCCGUUCGGACCCAUGCCUGCGCACAAAGCAGCCCACCCCCAGAGGGCAGUUGAAGCACGUGGAGAAUUUUGCUGGUCCAGAGAGGAGCUUGAAGCACUUCCGCUCGUCCACGCCAUGGCGAGAGGAGGAUGCUGCUCAAGAGCUGGGCUUGAGGCCCUGGGGAGGCACUGGUCCUCGUCGCCAUGUGAACUAG